AUGUGCCAACUGCCGGGCAGUGUGGGUUCCAUCAGCACGGGGGCGGCGUUCCUCACCACGCCGAGACUACAGGACGACUACAUGACACCAUCAGAGACCCAGGUGGAGAGCAGGUCCGCGUUCGGCCACGGACGAUUCCAGAAGACGAUGCUCCUCUGUGCACAGCUGGCAACCAUGCUCGCCUACUCCUACAGCUUCACACUACUAUUCAUCGAUCUUGAACCGGUGGAGCACUGGUGCACGCCGCCGGAGCAGUUCGCCAACCUAUCCGAGCAGCUGUGGAAGGACAUGGCCAUCCCACGCGACUCGAACGGGGACUUCAAACAGUGCGAGCGUUACGAUCCAGUGGAAGUGCCAGCUUCGCCACUAGCGACGUCCACGUUCCGUCCUGGAGGCCCCGUGUCAGAUCAUCUGGAAGCCAGCACCCAGUCACCUGUGACAAUAGACCGGACCAACGCCAGCGAGGUUCCCUGUGAGAGCUUCGCCUAUGGACCUGACACCCCGGGCAGAAAUGCCAUCGCUCGCUGGGACAUGGUCUGCGACAGGUCGUGGUACCAGGCGCUCUUGAAAGCGGCGUACACGGGAGCGAGUGUCUUGGCCAUACCAUGCGUAGGCAUAGCGUCGGACAAGUUUGGUCGCCGCCCCGUUCUCCUCUGGGCUUCAGGCCUGGUGGUGUUGUCGGGUGUGGCUACCUGCCUGGCGAGCUCCUUCUUAGUCUACGCUCUCCUACGCUGCCUCUCGUCGGCUGCCUGCAGCGCCAUAGAAGUGAUCUCGUUUAUUCUACUCUUCGAGAGCACACAGCCUGGACCGCGGGCGCCCUACUGUGCCCUGGCCAUAUGCUGGCCCACGCUACUAGCGCCCAUAUACGUCGCCGCACUCGCCACCUUGAUAAAGGAUUGGGUCAUGUUCAACUUGAUGGUCCUGCUACCUUCGGCGCUCCUGCUGGUGACCGCUGGGCUAGUCGAAGAAUCCCCGCACUGGCUGCUCGUGAGCCUGCGCUUCGAAGAUGCCGAGCGCGUCGCCGUGUACGCGGCCAGAUUCAACGACGAGGACACGGACCGAGUGCGGAGGCGCAUCGACGCCAUCCGGCACGCAGCCACCGUGAACAAACCAGGAGGUCGAGCCGCACCGCUUCUGGAGGCUGCCAAGCGAUCCCUGGCGGCUACAGCUCUGUGCGGUGGAAUGGCAUACCGAAGUUUCGUCAUGAGCGUAGCCUGGUUCACGUUGUUCCUCAUUUACUACGGCGGAUUGGCGACGGACAGCAAGACGGUAAGCCGCGACUACGAGCUCGCCAAGUGGGUCGUGGUGAUCGGCAAUGCGCCGGCGAUGGCGGUCGCCUACUUCCUGGUCAAGCACCAUGACCACCUGGCCGCUAUCGUUCGCGUGAUGUCCACGGUCGGUAUGGCUCUCGCCUUCCAUGCUGCUCUGGUCGCCUUUGGACUGCCGUUGCCGCUCACCGUGCUCAUCAUGUGGGUCAAGCUGCUCCUGAACAUCACCUACGUCAUCUUGUGCGUGGAAACCGUCGAGAUGUUCCCGACCGAAAUGCGCAGUGUCGGCUUCUCUGGUGCCUACAUGUGGGGUAGGCUGGGUGCCACUUCAGCCAGCGCCAUUAAGGACCUCGAGGACCAGCUGACCGGAAGUGCCAAGGCCUUGCCGGUUGCCCUGUGUGCUCUGUGCUUGUCCCUGUCAUCUCUGCUCCUGGUGACACUAAGCAACGAGGAGUCACCUGAUGCGGCAGUCAUGGCACUCAUGUGGAAUGACGAGAGACAGAAAGAACCAAAGCACUAA